ACUAUAUAUAUGUAUAUCUCUUUCUCACUUUAGCAUUAGAAUGGAAUGUUCGCUCUUACAUCCGUGUAAAAAAGAAAAAGAAAAAGAAAAAGAAAAAAUAAUGAACACGACGUCGAUCCUAUCAUCCGUAGAUCUCCUUUAGAAAGUCUCCGCCAAGUUGGUUUUUUUUAUCGUAGCAUUUCGUUCUGCUUGCACGAACUCACGCGAGUCAUGAACCGUUCUUUCUAUCUUAAAACUCCGUUUAUACGAAUAUAAAUUUACAAUCUAGUUGGCUAUUUAUCUGAGAAAGAAACAGAUCUUUUCUUCCCUGUUUCUUUUUUUUUUCUUUUUCUGUUGCUGUUUUCCUUCUUUUUAUAAUUCUUACUUAUAUUUGACGAUUAAAGAUGAAUUCCUCGCACACAGCUCAUAUGUCCCAUGGGAGUAUGGAUCAUGGGAGUAUGGAUCAUGGAAGUAUGGAUCAAUCAAAUAUGCAUCAUGCCGAUAUGGAUCAUAGUGGUCACAUGCAAAACUCAGCAGCUGGCUGCGAUAAUAUGGGAAUGCAUGGUAUGUCGAUGGUUUUCCAUGGUGGCUACUGCGAGACCAUACUUUUUGAAACAUGGAAAAUAACAUCGGUCGGUGGUUUAGUUGGUUCCAUGAUUGGUAUAAUGAUUAUGGCUACACUUUAUGAAGGUUUAAAGUAUUACCGGGAAUAUCUUUUCUGGAAAACUUAUAGUUCCUUACAAUAUAGAAGCGUUACUGUACCUCAAGAGAAGAAUGUUGUCGCUGAAGAUAAUAGAGUCGUACAUAUGGUCGGUGAGGUAAUCCAUAAACGGCCGCCCACAAUGCUGUCAUGGAUGCAUUGUUUCCAAACGUUCCUGCAUAUUAUUCAAGUCAUCCUUUCAUACUUUUUAAUGCUGAUCUUCAUGACAUUCAACACCUGGCUCUGUAUCGCCGUAGUUCUUGGUGCUACCAUCGGUUACUUUCUUUUUGGAUGGAAGAAAUCUGUAAUUGUGGAUGUUACAGAACAUUGUCAUUAGUAAUUAAAUAUAGUAGCAUAAACCAUUAAUUCUAUUGCUCCGUUAUGUAUAUACUAUUAGGUUGCAUGUAUGGCGAUUCUUUUUACAAAAAAGAAAAUAUCCAAAGUUCAUAACAAAUAGAAGCGAAAUAGAAGAAGACACGUACGAUAACAAUAUAGUAUGUUUGUGGUUCUAUGCAAGAAAAAAAAAUCUUUUAUCAAUACUGAGAGUAAAUUGUUGAUUCUCAACUAGAAUAUUUACACAGCUAUAACUAUUCCAUAAAUAUAUAUAUAUAUAUAGAAUCACAAAUGAACUACGAUUGUACAAUUAUCUUACUUAAUUAUAUCCUAUUGAAUAGAGCUAUGCACAUAUUCGCUGUUUAUGCUGACGUGCAAAUGGAACUUAUUUGUAAAAUAGAAUUAUAGAAAUAAUAUAUUUGUGAUGAUUAAAAAUAUGA